AUGACCGGCUGGGGAGCUCGACUACUUUACCUCGGAGGUGACAUUGAUGUCAAUUUGGACUCAACAGCACGAAAUGGCCCACCGCCCGUCCACUCACCAUCGGCUCCUCUACGGGGCUCGAAGCGCAAAGUAAUCAGAGGCUGCGGGCGUGGCUCCAAAGAACUAGGUAUCCCCACUACCAACCUCCCCGUCGACAACAGCCUGACACCACGGAUCGCUGAUAUCGAGUCCGGAGUGUACUUUGGCUGGGCCUCCCUACGCCUACCGCCUUCACAUCCAAACGAACCGACGACAUCGUCAGACAUCACCACCACGACAACCACGGCCCUGGAGGCGCACUCCGAGUCCGGGUUCAGCGUAUAUCCCAUGGUGAUGUCGAUCGGGUACAACAAGGUUUUCAAGAACACGACGCGGUCGGCUGAGGUGCAUAUGCUCCACGAGUUCGCGAUUGACUUCUAUGGCGUCGAGACGCGUCUGUUGAUCGCGGGGUUCAUCAGGGAGGAGAAAGACGACGACGGUCUGCAAGGGCUGGCGCUGAUCGAGGACCGCCUGGACUGCGAUGUAGCGCGCAAGAGCUUGGAUUGCGAGGCUUGGACAUUGCAGAAGACGGGCAGGGGCACGUUGGUUGCAGACCAGUACGAAGGAAUAAGCAAGUAA